AUGUCAAAUAAUGAUUGUGAUGUUCCCAUAGAUAUUGAUGCUGAAGAGUAUCAACAAAGCGAUGCUGAAGAUAAUGUUAAUCCACAAAAUAGAAUGUUUAUCAGCACAAUGGAGUAUUAUGCUUACCAAAUACAGAUUCGUCCUAAUAAUAUUAAUUUAAUUUUGCGAGAUGGACGACUCUUUCAGCAGUAUGUAGUAGACAU